GGAUUUUGGGCAUCCUGGCUUGGAUUUUGGGCACCCCGGGUUGGAUUUUGGGCAUCCUGGCUUGGAUUUUGGGCACCCCGGGUUGGAUUUUGGGCACCCCGGGUUGGAUUUAGGGGUAAAUUCGAGUGCGCCAGGUUGGAUUUUGGGGUAAAUUUGGGGGCCCUAGGUUGCAUUUUGGACACCCCGGGAUGGAUUUUGGGGCGGAUUUGGGGUUCCCCAAUCCAUUUUGGGACCUUUCCCCCCCAGGACCCCCCCUGGCCCUCGUCCGGCCCCAGCUCGCCCCGUCCGGCCGGGGGGGACGCGUGGGGCUCGGCCCCGGCCGCGCUGCGCACCAUCGAGACCUUCGUCCGCAAAGCCAAAUCCUCCAAAAAACGCGCCCUGGCGCCCCCGGAAUCCGCCAUUUUGGACAAAAUGCGCCUCAAAGACUCCCUGUUCGACCUCCCCGCCCCCCAAAACAACCCGGGACCGCCCCCCCAAAAACGCCGGGAGCGCCGGAACCGCCGGGGGGAUUCGGGGAUGGGCGGCGGCUCCCGGGGCGGCCGCGAGAAUUCGCGGAUUCGGGUGAAAAAGAGCAAAAAGCGGCGCUGGAAAAAGGGGGACAGGGGCGUCUUGGGGAGGGGGUCCCCCAGCGAGGAGACGGAUUCGGAGGAGGAGCCGCCCUCCCCUCCCCCGCCGCCGCCCCCAACGUUUUAUCUUUUUUUGGGGUUUUUUUUAGGUGACGAUUCGUGGGAUUUGAUCACCUGCUACUGCCAAAAACCCUUCGCGGGCCGGCCCAUGAUCGAGUGCAGCCAGUGCGGCACCUGGAUCCACCUGUCCUGCGCCAAGGUGAAGAAAAACAACGUCCCCGACGUCUUCUAUUGCCAAAAAUGCCGCGAGGGACCCCGCAGGGCCACCCCCGCCACCCCCCGGGCCGCCGGGGACUCCUAAACCCCCUCCCCAAAAAGGGCUUUUGGGGGUCCCCGGCCUCGCUUCCGGCAGGGUUUGUGCUCAAAAUCGGAAAUUUUGGGGGUUGCGACCUUCCCUGGAAUUGUGGGGUUUGGAGGUUCCUCCUGAAAAUUAAGAAGUUUUGGGGGGGGUUGGAUCGUUCUCAAAAUUUGGAAUUUUGAGGGUUGGAUGUCGGCCCGGAAUUGUGAGGUUUGGGGUUGGUGACGUUCCCGCAAAAUUGGAGAUUUUGGGGUUUGUGGCUCUCCCUGGAAUUGUGAGGUUUGGGCGUUGGAAGGUGCCCAAAAUUGGAGAUUUUGAGGGUUGGAACCUCCCCCCUCUCCAAAUUGUGAGGGUUUGGGGUUUGCAAAAACCCUGAAAUUGUGAGAUUUUGGCUCCAGCUCCCUCAAAAAUGGGGAGGUUUGGGGGACUUUUACCUCCUCCCCAUAAGUUGUGGGGUUUUGGGGUUCCGGUUAAAUUUUGGGGGUGGUUUGGGGUCCCUCAUCUGCAGGACAGGAGGGUUUUGGGGUACAAGAUUUGGGGGGCUCUUACCCCAAAUCAUGAGUUAUUUUGGGUCUCCCACCCCCAAGAUGGGAAGAUUUGGAGGGGGUUCCCUCACCCCAAAUUAAGAUUGGGGGAAGCCCCCCUUAGAUAGGGGAGGUUUGGGGGGUCCCCCUACCCCAAAUUAUGAGAUUUUGGGGUCCCCCCACCCCCAGGAAAGGAGGGUUUGGGGGUCCUUCACCCCAGACAAAAAAGAUUUUGUGGAGUCCCCCUAAAAUAGGGGGAUUUUGGGGUGUUCUUUGCCCCAAAUCAUGAGAUUUUGGGGUGUUCCACCCCCCAGAAAAGGAGAAUUUGAGGGCCCCACACCCCCAAGUAAGAUUUGGGGAAAACUCCCCUAGAAGAAGGGGUUUUGGGGUUCCCUACCCCAAAAUAAGAGACUUUUGGGGUUCCCUGCACCAUGUUAUGAGGUUUUGGGGGCUCAGUUAAAAUUUGGGGGACCCCAUCAAGUUCAAGGGGUUUUUAACCCCCGCAGGGCA